AUGCCCUCAGAAACGGUCAGAUCUCUCGGAGAGUACGAAAAGGAAGGAGAUGACCGGCCUACUUGGUACCUCACCUCCCCCGAGGUAAAGCUCUUGAGCAUCACUGGCGUUGGCUUUUUCUUAGAUGCAUACGACCUAUUUAUAAUUAACCCGGUCUCUACUAUGCUUCAAUACCGUCUCUACAACGGCAAAGCUCUUCCCGGUGGCUUGCAAGGCUUCCUCAAGGCUAGUGCUAACAUAGGUAGCGUCAUUGGCCAGUUCGGCUUCGGUUAUUGUGCAGACUACUUUGGCCGAAAAGCUGUCUACGGGAAGGAGCUAAUCCUUAUCAUAUUUGCUACUAUCUUGAGCAUUUCUGACCCCACCGGCGACCUCUCUCCCUCUGGUUCUCUCAUUUGGCUAUCGGUAUUUCGUAUAAUUCUUGGAAUAGGCAUUGGCGGUGACUACCCCAUGUCUGCCUCCGUGACGAGCGACCGCGCGAACCUGCGGCGCCGCGGCACACUGCUCGCGUACAUAUUUUCCAACCAGGGCUGGGGCUCGCUCAUAGGUAGCGUCGCAGUAAUCGUCGUGCUCGCUUGCUACAAACAUGUCAUGGAUGUCGAAGGCAAGACGAGCAAGGUCGACGGCGUAUGGCGGAUUUUGAUUGGGUUGUCACUCAUCCCCGCAUUCGCCACACUCUACCAGCGACUCACGCUUCCCGAGUCGAAGAGAUUCGAGGCAUCGCAGAAAAACGUGGACGUCGAGACCAAGUCGACCGACGAUCUCAAGAAGAACGCGAGCGCGGAGGACAGCAUCACCGAACGAAGUGUGCAGUCUCAGAAUGAAGUCGUACCACCUGCAGUUGCCCAGUCUGCACAGCGGGUAGCCAAACAUGGGCACUUUACUAACUUUGUGCGAUAUUUCUCGGAGUGGCGACACCUGAAGAUCCUCAUUGGAACGUGCGUCUGCUGGUUCCUUCUCGACAUCGCGUUCUACGGGAUCAACUUGAACCAAAAUGUCGUGCUCGAGGAGAUCGGCUUCGCUGGUAAGACCGGCUCGCCGUGGAAUCGACUCUUCAAGAUUGGCAUCGGUAACCUCAUCAUCACUGCCCUUGGGUUCGUCCCUGGAUACUAUGCAACCAUUCUCACCAUCGAGAAGCUCGGCCGCAAGUGGAUCCAGAUACAAGGUUUCUUCUUUGCCGCACUAUUCCUUGGUAUCUUGGCUGGCAAGUUCUAUACGCUGAGCCACGCCGCCUUCAUUGUCAACUUCGCUCUGCUCCAGUUCUUCUUUAAUUUCGGAGCCAACGCAACCACGUACAUGUACCCAGCUGAGGUAUUCCCCACACGCUUCCGCGCGUCUGCGCACGGCAUAUCCGCCGCGUGCGGCAAGGCGGGCGCCAUCGUCUCUGCGCUCGCGUUCAAUGCUCUCACGACUAAAAUCGGCACGCCAGCCGUACUCUGGAUUUUCUUUGGAUGCUGUAUCGCUGGAGCAGUGUUCACGUUACUCCUCCCAGAGGUCAAGAAUCGUGACCCGGAUGUCGUGUAUGCAGAGGAGGAGAAAGAGCGACAGAUGGCGAGAAGAUUGUAG